CUUGGAUGUUAUUCUCGGAUUGUACCCGUAGCCGCUGCAGUGACCGGCCAUAGAGGUGUUGAAUGUGUCGAGUACGACGAUGCCAAGUUCGCCAAAGCCGAUUCCUUCGGUUAUGAUAAGCUCAGCAAGCCCCAAAGUCGCCCUACGACUGAGAUCAGCGACGUCAAAUUCUGGCUUGUGACUGGCGAUGUCAAGCCUCCACUCAAGGAGAUCAAAUACGAGGCUCCGUCACAGUCCUGGGGCGUUGGAUCGCCGGUCUACUUCUUGUUGAUUCGCGAAGGGGACCUCAAAAGGUGCAAGAAGGACUUCCAAUGAGUGUAGUAGGGCUAUCAAUUUCAUCAGUAAUAAGAUUCUCCGACUUCAGUGGUUAGAUGAGUUUUGCACCGAUGAAGCCGACUCGGAAAAGUGGCAGUCACUUUUGAUGCUUAUGCAGAGGCAGUGGAUUUACCGAUGAUGGGUCAGGAGAUUGCUUUGACCAAAAAUGCCGUCAUAUUCUAUGGCCCAGACGAAAUCAGCUGGUGGGUCCUCUCUGUUGCGGUUGAACUGUUUGUGAAGGUCGAGAUAGCAACACAUCGCCUCUUAGAAAUUAUUAAGGACCCUUUGAAUUUGUCUCGGCACUCGGUGCGAGUAUGCUUAUUCAGGCCACAGGUAUGAUUUCGGAUACUACAAAUCUGACAGAAGCUCAGAUGACACGAAGAUCGAAAAUAAAGCAACGGGAUCAAACAAAUACAGAAGCCCCGCGAAAACGAGACCACCCAGGCGUUCGUGUAUGUUAAAUGGUAUUGAAGUUGGAAGCUUUG